AUGGGCACUUGCACUAAAACGUUGCAUGGCAUGCAUCAAGUGAAAAUUAACUUUGAUGGUGAUAUUGCACCUGUCAAUAAGGGAAACUUAUCAGAGGACACGGAACUUAUAAAGGGUGUGAUCAUUGAUAAGGACUUCAGUCACCCACAGAUGCAAAAAAGAGCGGAGAAUGCUAAGAUUGCAAUUCUCACGUGUCCAUUUGAGCCACCUAAACCAAAGACAAAGCACAAGCUGGAUGUGACCUCUGUGGAGGACUACAAAGUCCUGCAGAAAUAUGAGAAGUUCAAAGAGAUGAUUGAGCAGAUUAAAGAAACUGGUGCUAACCUGGCUAUUUGCCAGUGGGGCUUUGAUGGUGAAGCCAAACAUUUACUUCUUCAGAAUGCCCUCCCUGCGGUUCGCUGGGUAGGAGGACGUGAGAUUGAGCUGAUCUCCAUUGCAACAGGAGGUCAGAUCGCCCCCAGGUUCUCAGAGCUUACCCCUGAGAAGCUGGGCUUUGCCAGUGUGGUGCGAGAGAUCUCGUUUGGCACUACAAAAGACAAAAUGCUGGUGGUAAUUGAGCAGUGUAAGAACUCUAGAGCUGUGACCAUUUUCAUCAGAGGAGGAAACAAGAUGAUCAUUGAAGAAGCAAAACGAUCCCUCCACCAUGCCUUGUGUGUCAUCCGGAACCUCAUCCGAGACAAUCGGGUUGUAUAUGGAGGAGGGGCUGCUGAAAUAGCCUGCGCUUCUGGCAGGCAGUAA